UCAAAGAAUGAAUCAUUAAUCAUUAAUUACGAUUUGAAUGCUGAUGGUGGCUUUAAUUGAACCCUUGAACUGAAUUUGUAUUUAGAUGUGUUAAGAUUCUAGGUGACCAAAAAUUCUCCAAGUGGCUUUAGGUGUAUCUGUAAUGAAUAGAAUAAAUAAAUGAAUUAUGGGUGCAAAGACAUCUGACCUAAAGUUCAGAUGCAAUUACACAACACAUCAGAUUUUCUACUUAAUUUCUUUAUUACUUUCAUAAUUUUAAUGAUUUUCAUAAUGUAAUCACCACCACCAUGGCACUCCAUUUAAAUAAUUUUGUCAAAAAUAAAAACCCUUUUUUGAAAACACUCCCUUCAGAAGUCAGAUGUCAGAUUUUCAGAUAUUUACGGGUUUAUACUGCAAAGAAUUAAAAUGACCAGGGCUUUUCACUUGUGGGGGGCCAGUUGGGUUGCCAGUAAUUUUAGGAUGGGGGCCGUUGGUUGUACUACAAGGUGGUGUAGCACCGCCUUAUGCACAGAUCGAGACAUCCACAACAGUUGCUGGUGCCAAGGAGUUCUCGCGAGUUCACGCGAGUUCACCGUGGCCUCCUUAGCAACGUCCCUAGCAACAGCACAGUGGUUUCGUUAAAGAAUCAGCGCUAGUGUUAGGAUAUGACAGCAAGCUUUGCACAAGUAUCAGCAUGAGUUUAAAGAAAAAGAAAAAAGGCACCGAUACUGUGGCGUCCUUACCACCAAUCACACCACAGGUCCAAAGAAGACCGCCAUCAUUCUCACUGUAUCCCCUGCAACCUGAAGAAAAUGUGCCAAGAGAUGUGCAGGGUGACAGGGCAGGCUGCGGACCAAGUACAAGUUAUGGCAUAGGCCAGAACCUGUUCCAGAAGAGUAGGACAAUGCAGGGCCUUAGGAUCUCUAAGCACCACAGCAACACCUGCACCAGACUCUUGGAAACGAACCAGCGUUACCGUGCAGCUGUGAUCAGAUUCCUACAUCCUCAGGAGGAGGAGGAGGGUGGAAACUCUGCAGCAUGUGGCUCUUCCACAUUUACAGCAAAAAAUGACCCUGAAAUGCGAUAUAAAUACUACAUCCAGAAGGGGAUAGACCUGGAUCAUUUGUCUCCUCUGGAAGACUCUUGGCUGGAGAACAUUCUGGAAAAGGUCCCCCAGCAACUGAAGAGUCUAAGCAUACCACUGCAGCUGCUGGUCGAUGAGAUCAAGGAGGACUACUUGAUGGCCCUCAAGACAGCACACUUGAAAUAUAUAUUCAGAGGUUCAGGAGAAAGUGAGGAGAACAAGGAUCUGCCCCCUCACAGACUUGAAGUGGCAGUAUUGCCAAAACCCUGGAACAAAGACUUUGUUAAUGCACGAAAGAGGAUGAAAGAUGAACUUCACUCUUACAACGCUGCUAUGCAGGAUGUGCUUAACCUUUGGCAUGUCUCUUACAAAAAUCUCCGUCUGAUAAAUAUAGAGGAGUUCCACAGCAGAGAGGAGUCUAUGGAGCUGUUUGUUUUUCAGAAAAUUGUCACCCAACAUGUUGAUCAUGCCAGAGGAGUCCUCCUCAGAGAUUGGAUUCCUCAAGUGCUAAACAUAUACUACCAGGGAUUCAGACAUAAGCUGGUGCCUGCCUCCAGCAGGGCCAAGGUGUUGUCUUUCUUCAACUGUGCAGCUACACUGAUGACUUUGCAGCUGCAGAACCUUGCACUAGAUUCAAUAAGGGACUAUACAAGCCUAAUUUCCCAAGAUCCGAAGUCAGAGUGUGCCUAUCAGCACCCAGGCUUUGUGCUCCAUCUGAUCCUGGAGGAUAAGGACAUCACGUUUGAGCCUGACUUUGAACUGUAUGAGAAGGCCUUCCUUAAUGUCUAUGAGGUCAUGUGCAGUUCUGUCAGCAUGAUACCUCGUGUGGAAUCCCAACUGUACCCUGAGUGGCCAAGUUCUCAGUUUGGGAACGUCCUUAAGCCCAUCAUCCUGCCAGAGAUCAUACAGGCCCAGAUGGAGAAGGUGUGCAACGUGUUCCGGGCUGAGUGUCUCAGGCUCAGGGAGUAUGUUCACGAGUACGAUAAGUACUCCACACUGGUAUCUCUGCAGGCAGAGGAAGAUGUGGAGCACUUCCUUAGUGAGCAGCACACCUUCCAAGAAGUCAUGGAAGAGGUGCUACGCUACCAACAACUUUCUGACCAAAUCGAGUACACAUCAUGCCAGGUGGUACAUCUUGGCAUGUUUGAGGUCCAGUCCCAUCAGCUCCUUCACGCUCUCAUCAAGCGUGCCCAGGAUUUACAGCACAAACUGGUCACACGCAUGCUACAGGACCAUCAGGAAAUGAACAAGAAGCUCUGCAGUGAAUUUGAGAAGAUUGCAGAGCAGGCAAAGGACACACCACCUGAUACGCUGAAACUGAUGGAGCUUAAGGCCCACAUAAAUAAAGUGGAGACUACAGAGAUGCCUCUGUUGAAGCAAAGAGUGGCAGACUCCAUCACACAACUGUAUGUCCUGAUGGACUUUGCCACGCUCUCACCAAUGCACAUGAACAACAACACAGAGACUUUCCAGUGGCUUAAGCGCAUGCCAUCCAUCUUUAAAGAACAAAGAAAGAGCCUUGCUAAAACGACAAAGCAAUAUCAGAAAGGCCUCAAGUUGCGCCAGGAUCACUUUAUUGAAGAGCUGGCAAGCUAUAGUGCGCAGGUGGAGGAGUUUGCCACCUUUGGUGAGCUGAUGGAUCUCAGCAAGUACUUGAAGAAAGCCCAGGCCCUCAAUGCUAAACUGGAAUUAGCCACGGAAAAGAUUAAUGAGUUCAAUCAAGAGGAGGAGGCCUAUGGCUGGACUGUUUCACAGUACCCACAGCACAAGAAGAUCCAGGACAAACUUGCACCUUUCCUGCAUCUCUAUGAGACAGGAAAUGAUUUCCUGGACCAGUAUAAGCAGUGGGUCCAUGGGCCACUCUCUGGUGUGAACCCAAACAAGAUAGAAGGAGACAUUGGUAACAUCUGGCGCACCAUGUACAAAAUGGAAAAGGGCUUCACUGAAGUUCCCAAAGCCAUGAACAUAGCCACCACUAUCAAGGCUAAGUUGGAGGACUUUAAGAAGCACAUUCCAAUGGUGCAGGUAUUAUGUAACCCAGGCCUGUGUGACCACCACUGGAAUGCUAUGUCAGAUGUGGCUGGUAUCUCUCUGCAGCCAUCUGAUGACCAGGCUUGUGUAGCUCACUUCCUAUCCUUGCACCUGGAACAGCACCUGAGUAGCUUUGAACGUAUCAGUGAGGCAGCCAGCAAGGAAUACUCAAUGAAAAAGACCAUGGAGAAAAUGGCGAGUGAGUGGGCUGACAUGGAAUUCAGUCUCCAGGCCUGCCGCGAGACAGGCACCUACAUUCUGACAUCUGUGGGAGACAUCCAGAUGCUAUUGGAUGAUCAAAUUGUGAAGACACAAACUAUGAGAGGCUCACCCUUCAUUAAGCCUUUUGAAGUGCAGAUGCGGGAAUGGGAGCGCAAGUUGCUGCUUCUCCAAGAGAUCCUGGAUGAAUGGUUAAAAGUACAGGACACUUGGCUUUACCUUGAGCCCAUAUUCAGCUCUCCAGAUAUCGUGGCUCAGAUGCCUGAAGAGGGACGCCGUUUCACAACUGUCAACAAAACCUUUAGGGACACCAUGAAACAAGUUUCCCUGGACAAGCAUGUGUUGGCAGUGGUAGCCAUCAACAAGAUGCUGGAGAAGCUAAAAGAGUCAAACGGGAUUCUGGAGAUGAUCAUUAAAGGUCUUAAUAACUACCUGGAGAAGAAGCGUCUCUAUUUUCCUCGGUUCUUCUUCCUGUCCAACGAGGAGCUGCUGCAAAUCCUCUCUGAGACCAAAGACCCCUCCAGUGUGCAGCCACAUCUGAAGAAGUGCUUUGAAGGCAUCGGUAGUGUGGUGUUCACUGAUGUGCUGGACAUCACCCACAUAAAGAGCAGUGAGGGGGAAGUGGUACAGCUGCUGGAUAACAUUUCCAUCUCCAGAGCCAGGGGCCAGGUGGAGAAGUGGCUACUGGAACUAGAGAAUGGCAUGACUACCUCACUACACAAGGUGGUGUUUGGAUUGUUAUUGGGCUUUGUUGUGCUGUGUGUCUCACAGGUCUACUGGACGAAGUAUAUCCAUGAAGCCAUUAAAUCAGGACAGAGGGCUCUAGAUGCCUACUUGGAGCAGAACAAUAGACAGAUUGACGACAUUGUGGCGCUUGUACGUGGCAAACUGUCCAAGCAGAACCGAGUGACCCUCGAAGCCCUGGUUGUGCUGGACGUCCAUGCCAGGGAUGUGCUGGCUACGCUGGUGCAAAAGGGAAUAAAUGAGGAGAAUGACUUUGAGUGGCUUAGCCAACUGCGCUACUACUGGGUGGACAACCACCUCCAGACCAAGAUGAUCAAUGCUGGUUUGCCUUAUGGUUACGAGUAUCUGGGCAACACACCGCGUCUGGUUAUAACCCCACUCACUGACCGCUGCUACCGUACUUUGUUUGGUGCCCUCCACCUCCAUCUGGGAGGGGCCCCUGAAGGCCCAGCUGGCACAGGAAAAACAGAGACAACCAAAGACUUGGCCAAAGCUGUGGCUAAGCAGUGUGUUGUCUUCAACUGCUCUGAUGGAUUGGACUACAUUGCACUGGGGAAAUUCUUCAAAGGCCUUUUGUCAUGCGGCGCUUGGGCCUGCUUUGAUGAGUUUAACCGCAUUGACUUGGAGGUGCUGUCGGUGGUGGCUCAACAGAUUCUCACCAUACAGAGAGGAAUUGCUGCCAAUACUGAGAUGCUGAUGUUUGAAGGGACAGAGCUAAAACUGGACCCCUCCUGUGCUGUGUUCAUUACAAUGAAUCCUGGCUACGCUGGACGCUCUGAGCUACCAGACAACCUCAAGGCUCUAUUCAGGACUGUGGCUAUGAUGGUACCGGACUAUGCAAUGAUUGCAGAGAUUGUGCUCUACUCCUGUGGCUUUUUGACUGCACGGCCGCUGUCAGUGAAAAUUGUGGCUACCUAUCGCCUCUGUUCAGAGCAGCUGUCCUCGCAGCAUCACUACGACUAUGGGAUGAGAGCUGUCAAGUCUGUGCUGACUGCUGCUGGAAACCUCAAGCUCAGUUUCCCAGAGGAGAACGAAGACACCCUGUUGCUGAGAUCAAUUAUUGAUGUCAAUCUGCCCAAGUUCCUGGCCCAUGAUCUGGAACUGUUUGAGGGUAUCACCUCUGACCUCUUCCCGGGGGUCCAGCUCCCGAAACGUGACUACCACAUCCUGCUUGAGGCCAUCAAGGAAAACUGCCAAAGCAUGAACCUACAAGUCACUGAUUUCUUUGCUGAGAAAAUCCUGCAGGUCUUUGAGAUGAUGCUAGUGAGACAUGGUUUCAUGAUAGUGGGUGAGCCCUUUGGAGGGAAGACCAGUGCCUACCGUGUACUGGCAGCAGCCCUUCGUGAUGUCUGUGAAAAGGGUUUGAUGGAUGAGAAACAGGUCCAAAUUACAGUUAUCAACCCGAAAUCCAUCACCAUGGGCCAACUGUAUGGUCAGUUUGACCCCGUCUCUCACGAGUGGUCCGAUGGCAUCCUCGCCGUCAGCUACAGAACAUUUGCUGCUUCCAAGAGCCCCGAAAGAAAAUGGCUCAUCUUUGAUGGCCCCGUGGAUGCUGUGUGGAUUGAAAAUAUGAACACAGUACUCGAUGACAACAAGAAGCUGUGUCUGAUGAGUGGUGAGAUCAUCCAGAUGUCACCGCAAAUGAGCCUCAUCUUUGAGCCUAUGGACCUCGAGGCUGCAUCGCCAGCCACAGUGUCUCGCUGUGGUAUGAUCUACAUGGAGCCUCAUUUGCUGGGCUGGCGGCCUCUUAUGCUCUCCUGGCUCAAUACUCUGCCAGCCACAGUCAGUGCCACGCACAAAGACCUCCUCUCUGCCCUUUUCGACCGCAUACUGCCAGCCUGCCUACAGCUCCUUCGAAAGGCUGCUAAGGAGCUGUCCCCGACCUCUGACACCAAUCUAGUCAAGUCCCUGAUGAAUCUGAUGGACUGCAUGAUGGAUGAGUUUUAUGAUGAAGCAAAGAUGAAAAGCAUGAAUGAGAAAGAUAUUUGCUCUUGGUUGGAGGGCAUUUUUGUGUUCUGCCUGGUGUGGUCAGUGGGUGCCAGUUGUGAUGAUUCAGGACGGGUUAAAUUUGAUGCUGUGGUAAGGGAAAUACUGACCAGGCCUUUAAGUGAGAAGACCAAAGCCUGCCAUGGCAUUCUGGCCACUGUCGAGGCUCCACCUAAACAGCUGACAGUUCCCCUGCCCACUAAGGGAACAGUCUACCAGUACCGCUUCAUUAAAGAGGGACCAGGCAGGUGGGAGUUAUGGACAGAUGAGUUAAAGAUUGCUCCCCCCAUAAGCAAAGACAUGCAGUUCAGUGAGAUCAUCGUGCCCACUGAGAACACAGUACGCUACAUGGCACUGAUGGAGCUCCUUGUCACCCAUCAGAAACCCACUAUUUUCAUUGGUCCUACUGGUACUGGCAAGAGUGUCUACAUUACAGACUUCCUAUUGAAAAAGCUGCAGAAGGAUGUGUACAGCCCACUCUUUAUUAGCUUUUCAGCCCAGACUACAGCUGCCCAGACCCAAAACAUGAUCAUGUCCAAGCUAGAUAAGCGGCGCAAAGGAGUGUUUGGUCCUCCACUUGGGAAGAAAAUGGUGGUAUUUGUGGAUGAUGUGAACAUGCCAGCCAGGGAGGCUUACGGUGCCCAGCCCCCUGUGGAGCUGCUGCGACAGUGGCUGGACCACUGGAACUGGUAUGACAUGAAGGACUGCUCCAUGAUCAACCUGGUGGAUAUUCAGAUGAUAUGUGCUAUGGGACCACCUGGUGGAGGGCGGAACCCUGUCACACCUCGAUUUCUGCGCCACUUCAACAUGAUUACCAUUAAUGAUUUUGAUGAGGGGACAAUGUAUACAAUCUUCUCCAGGAUCACUGACUGGCAUUUUACCAUACGGUUUGCCUUCCCUAAGCCAUUUGCAGCUCUGACCUCCCAGAUCGUUAACAGCACCGUGUCAGUGUACCAGGAGGCCACCAAGAACCUGCUGCCGACCCCCGCAAAGUCCCAUUAUUUGUUCAAUCUGCGUGACGUUUCCCGGGUGAUCCAGGGCAUCUGCCUGUCACGACCAGAGACUGCUGAUGAACCAUCUGUCAUCAAACGACUUUGGGUGCAUGAGAUCCUGAGGGUAUACUAUGAUCGACUGGUCCAUGACACAGAUAGGUCUUGGCUGGUAAACCAUUUACAGGUGGUAUUUCAGACUCACAUGAAGGAAAACUUUCAUCAGCUCUUCAAACAUCUGGACCAGGACCAAGAUGGGGAGGUCACUGAAGAUGACCUGCGCAACCUCUUGUUUUGCGACUUCCACGAUCCAAAAGAUGAGGACCGCAACUACUGUGAGGUGCAUGACCUCGACAAGCUUCAACAGGUGGUGGAGUCCCACCUGGAGGAGUUCAACACUAUCAGCAAAGCACCCAUGAAUCUGGUGCUUUUUCGUUUUGCUAUUGAGCAUGUGUGCCGCAUUUCCCGCAUCCUCAAGCAGCCAAAUGGACAUGCCCUGCUGGUAGGUGUGGGUGGGAGUGGACGUCAGUCUCUCACCCGUUUGGCUGCCUAUAUGGGAAAGGUAGACCUUUUCCAGGUGGAAAUCUCCAAGAAUUAUGGGACCACUGAAUGGCAUGAUGACCUGAAGCUAAUCUUGAGGAAGUCUACACAGGGUGAAGCUCAUGGCGUUUUCCUCUUUACUGACACUCAAAUCAAAAUGGAGUCAUUCCUGGAGGACAUCAGCAACCUGCUCAACACCGGUGAGGUGCCUAACCUGUUUGCAGCUGAUGAGAAGCAGGAGAUCUGCGAGCAAAUGCGUGUGUUGGACCGCCAGCGUGACCGUGACAAGCAAACAGAUGGCAGCCCCUUAUCCCUUUUCAACAUGUUUGUAGAACGCUGUCGCACACAGCUGCAUGUGGUGUUGGCCAUGAGUCCAAUCGGAGAUGCUUUUAGGAGCCGCUUGAGACGUUUCCCUGCACUCAUUAACUGCUGCACUAUUAAUUUGUUUCAGACCUGGCCUGAGGAUGCCUUGCAAGCAGUGGCCUGUCGCUUCCUGGAGGACGUUCAGAUGACAGAUGAGAGUCGAGAAGGCUGCAUCAGUAUGUGCAGGAUCUUCCACACUUCAACCAUUGAGCUGUCCACUCGCUUUUUGGCUGAGCUGCAGCGCCACAACUAUGUCACCCCAACCUCUUACCUUGAGCUUAUUUCUACCUUCAAGGCCCUACUGGAGAGAAGAAGAGUUGAGGUGGUGAAGCUGAAAAAUCGCUAUGAGGUGGGUCUUGAGAAGCUAGAGUCAGCAGAAAAGCAGAUGGCCAUUAUACAGGUUGAUCUGGAAACUCUACAGCCACAGCUUCUUGAGUCCAGCAAAAAUUUAGAGGAGACGGUGGCGAUGAUGGAGCGUCAAGCUGUUGAGGUGGCUAAAAAAGAAAAGGAGGUGGAAAUGAAAGAGGCUGAGUCCAGUCAAAAAGCCACGGCUGCUAAGGCCAUUAAGGAUGAGUGUGAUGCUGACCUGGCUGAAGCAAGGCCUAUUCUGGACUCAGCUCUGGCUGCAUUGAAUACUCUCACCCCUCAGGAUAUCACAGUACUGAAGUCCAUGAAAAGCCCACCCACAGCUGUCAAACUGGUGAUGGAGGCAAUCUGUAUUCUCAAAGGCAUCAAACCAGAUCGUGUGCCGGACCCCACAGGCUCCGGUAAAAAAGUGGAGGAUUAUUGGGGCCCGGCCAAAAAGCUACUGGGAGACAUGGGGUUUCUCCAUAGCCUCCAUGAGUAUGACAGGGACAACAUUCCACCACAUGUCAUUGCCAUCAUCCGCAACAAGUACAUUACCAACCCUGACUUUGUGCCAGAAAAGAUUCGAACUGCAUCUACCGCAGCUGAGGGUAUGUGUAAGUGGGUUUGUGCCAUCGACAAGUUCGAGAAAGCGAACAAAGUGGUAGCUCCGAAGAAAGAGAAACUAGAACAGGCUGAGAAGGUCUUGAUGGUGGCCAUGGAGAGCGUCCAUAAACAACAAGCAGCCCUCAAAGAAGUUCAAGAAAAAAAAGCAAAGCUUCAAAAGACAAUGGAGGACAAUAAAAAUGAGAAGGCUAGACUGGAAAAUGAGGCCGAUCAAUGCAAAAAAAAGCUGGCGCGAGCUAAGCAGCUGACUGGAGGCCUGGGUGGAGAGAAAACACGCUGGAGUGAAAUGGCCUUCAAUCUGGGACAGCUGUACAAAAACCUGACAGGUGACAUUCUUAUCUCAGCAGGCAUAGUGGCUUACCUGGGAGCUUUCACCUCCAGCUACAGACAGGAUCAGACAAAGAAAUGGAUUGAUCUUUGUAAGAGCAGAGGGAUCCCAUGCUCGCCCAAUAUGUCUUUGAUGAACUCUCUGGGUGAUCCCGUCAAGAUUCGUGCAUGGACCAUUGCAGGCCUUCCAUCAGACAGCUUCUCCAUAGACAACGGCAUCAUAAUUUCGUGUGUUUGUAGUAACUCCAGGCGGUGGCCUCUGAUGAUCGAUCCCCAGGGCCAGGCCAACAAGUGGGUGAAAAAAAUGGAGAAGGCCAACAACCUACGUGUCAUUAAACUGAGUGAUGCUGACUAUGUACGCACUCUGGAGAACUGCAUCCAGUUUGGCACACCAGUGCUGCUGGAGAAUGUCGGUGAGGAGCUGGACCCUAUCCUGGAGCCUCUGCUGUUGGGACAGACCUUUAAACAAGAUGGUGCCAUGUGUAUCCGCCUGGGAGAAUCAACCAUUGAAUAUGCUCCUGACUUUCGCUUCUACAUCACCACCAAGUUACGCAACCCACACUAUCUGCCUGAGACCUCUGUCAAGGUGACUCUUCUGAACUUCAUGAUCACCCCAGAGGGCAUCCAGGACCAGCUGCUGGGCAUUGUGGUGGCCCGGGAGAGACCUGAUCUGGAGGAAGAGAAACAGGCUCUCAUCCUGCAGGGAGCAGAGAACAAGAGACAGUUGAAGGAGAUAGAGGACAAAAUCUUGGAGGUACUCUCCUCUUCUGAGGGCAGCAUCCUGGAGGAUGAGAAGGCCAUUGGGAUCCUCUCCUGCUCCAAGGUUCUAGCCAAUGAAAUCACAGAGAAGCAGGCUGUGUCUGAGAUGACAGAGCGAAAGAUUGAUGAGACUCGUAUGGGCUACAAACCCAUUGCUGGGCAUUCAGCCAUCUUGUUCUUCUCCAUCGCUGACUUAGCUAACAUUGAGCCCAUGUACCAAUACUCCCUCACCUGGUUUAUUAAUCUCUUCAUCAGCUCCAUUGACAACUCAGACAAGAGUGAUAACUUGGAGCAGAGACUACGGAUCCUGACAGACCACUUUACCUACACACUAUAUGUUAAUGUGUGUCGCUCACUGUUUGAGAAGGAUAAACUGCUCUUUUCCUUCUGCCUCACUGUCAAUCUGCUGAUGCACAACAACCUGGUGGAUGAGGGGGAGUGGCGCUUCCUUCUGACAGGUGGUGUAGGCCUGGAUAACCCCUACUUAAAUUCCUGCACCUGGCUUGCCAAGAAAUCUUGGGACGAGAUUUGCCGCUUGGAUCAGAUGGAGCAUUUUAAAGGGCUGCGUGAUGGCAUAGUUCACCUCAGUGAUGAGUGGAAGAAGGUCUACGACAGCCCAAACCCCCAUCAGACGCCCUUCCCUGACGUGUGGGAGGAGAAACUAAGUCGGUUUCAGAAAAUGCUAGUGAUUCGUUGUCUCAGACCAGACAAGAUUAUUCCCAUGGUACAGGAGUUUGUUUCAGACAGUUUAGGUCAUCCCUUCAUCGAAGCACCACCCUUCAACCUGAGUGAGACCUUUGUUGAUAGCCACUGCUGUGCCCCCCUCAUCUUCAUCCUCUCCCCUGGCUCAGAUCCCAUGGCUGCUUUGCUCAAAUUUGGAGAUGAAAAGGGCUUUACUGGUAACAAGCUGACCUCCCUCUCUCUGGGCCAAGGCCAGGGUCCUAUUGCUAUGCAUAUGAUUGAGACCGGCAUUAAAGAGGGUGCCUGGGUGGUCCUGCAGAACUGCCACUUAGCUACUUCCUGGAUGUCUACUUUAGAGAGAGUCUGUGAGGAGCUGAACCCAGACACCACUCACCCAGACUUCAGGCUGUGGCUGACCAGUUACCCAUCUCCCACCUUCCCUGUGGCUGUGCUUCAGAAUGGGGUGAAGAUGACCAACGAGGCUCCAAAGGGGCUCCGCCCCAACAUUGCACGCUCUUUCUUAAUGGACCCCAUCUCUGACCCAGAGUUUUUUGACAGCUGUAGCAAGCCGGCUGCCUUCAAGAAACUGCUGUAUGGCCUGUGUUUCUUCCAUGCCCUGACCCAAGAGAGGAGGAACUUCGGACCUUUAGGCUGGAACAUUCCGUAUGAGUUCAAUGAGACUGACCUCCGGAUAUCUGUACAGCAGCUACACAUGUUCCUUGAGCAGUACCAGGAAGUGCCAUUUGAUGCCCUCCGUUACAUGACCGGUGAGUGUAACUAUGGAGGGCGUGUGACAGAUGACUGGGACAGACGGACACUGCGCACAAUCCUCUCUAUCUUCUACACUUCAAAGAUCAUUGAGGACCCUGACUACAAGUUUGAUUCCAGCGGGCUCUACUGUGCACCAGCUGAGGGAGAUUACAACAGUUACAUAGAAUACACCAAAUCUCUGCCACUCAACCCACUGCCAGAGAUUUUUGGCAUGAACGCCAACGCAGAUAUCACCAAAGAUCAGGCUGAGACACAGCUAUUGUUUGACAGCAUCUUGCUUACACAGUCUCGCUCUUCAGGCAGAGAUGCCAGAUCUUCGGAUGACAUGGUUUUUGAUGUGGCAGCUGACAUCCUGAGCAAACUGCCCAGAGAUUUUGACUUGGAAGAAGCAAUGAGGCGCUACCCCACCAGCUACAAUCAGAGCAUGAACACAGUGCUGGUGCAGGAGAUGGGCCGCUUCAACAACCUGCUCUGCACCAUCAGACACUCCUGUAUCGACAUUCAGAAGGCCAUAAAGGGGCUGGUGGUAAUGUCGGCAGAGCUGGAGGAGGUGGUCAGCAGCAUCUUAAAGGGUCGUAUCCCAGGCUUGUGGAUGAAAAAGUCCUACCCAAGCCUCAAACCACUGGGAAGCUACAUCAGUGACUUCCUGGAGCGACUCAGGUUCUUGCAGGACUGGUAUGAUGAGGGGAUGCCUGCUGUGUUCUGGAUAUCAGGAUUCUUUUUCACCCAAGCCUUCCUCACAGGCAGCCUGCAGAACUAUGCCAGGAAAAACACCACCCCUAUCGACUUGCUCAGCUUCGACUUCGAGGUCCUGGCUGACAUCCAAUACAAACAGCCCCCACAGGAUGGUGUGUACAUCAGAGGGCUGUUCCUUGAGGGCGCUCGCUGGGACAGGAAGACCAAACGUCUUGCGGAGUCCUACCCCAAAGUGCUGCAUGACCCCAUGCCCGUGAUGUGGUUGAAGCCCAUGAAGAGGCAAGACAUCCCCGAGAGGAUGUCUUACGUGGCGCCCGUCUACAAGACCAGCGAGCGGCGCGGCACCCUGUCCACCACUGGCCAUUCCACCAAUUUUGUCAUUGCCAUGACGCUGAACACUGAUGUGCCUGCUGAGCACUGGAUCAGACGAGGGGUGGCCCUGCUCUGCCAGCUCAGCUCCUAAUCUUUUUGUUUUGUUUUAUAUACUCCCACACAUAGAUAAAAAAAAAAAAGAAUGAAAACUUUGUUGUGGAUUCACACUGGUCUCAUUAAAGUCAAGGUUGUUCUCAGAGUUUACUUAUUUUCAUAACAGGGUGAAUGCACAGACAGGUAAACAGCACAGAUGUCACAUUUGACACUGUAUAUGCAGAUUAACAAACAUACAUAUAACAAAGCAAAAAUAAGAACAAUCAGGCCUUCAUCUCAGUUGGUGAAGAAACUUUGGGGCAUAGUGUCACUAACUCAAACACUUGACAGGACAGUUUCAAUUGAAUUUACACAAGUAUUACCACCCCCCCACCCAGCUCAUUUUAAGAUGAGCUCACAUUAUGUCAUGUUAGAAUAAUGAAAGUAAAGCAGAAACACAGGAUGAAAUAGCAUGUUAGUAAAAGAUGGGAAAUGCAGAUGAUUAGUUCUAUUCUGAUUGUAUAUUCAGAUCAUUUGCUUUCAGCUAACGGCUCCUAACACUAGUUACUCUAUACCCCAAAGACUUCACGAUCCCCACACACCUUAAGUUUAAAAAAGUAAAUACUGUCAAUAUUCUAACUGUGCAGUACAAAGAAUGACAAUAAUUUCACACUCGACACAAUGUCUGAACUGCUUCACUCAUGCUUCAUGCAUGAUCGAUAUCACGAGUUCAAUAUGAUUUACAGCCAGCUAAGACAUAGACCAUGGAUGUCACACAGUGACAGGAUAAAUGAGGCCACACAUGCACACACUAUCUGUGUGCUCCAGCAGUUGAAGCUAGGCUGGCUAGCUUUUGUCACAUGAGCUGCAGCCAAUGGAAUGUUGGGGUAGGGGUGGAGGCAGUGUCAAGCUCCAGCCACUGUUACACUGGGGCCAGUUUUAGCGCAGUCGCCACAAAGACAAUAAUAUAUACACCCAAAAACCUACAUGAAGAAUGUUUGCAAAAAUUAAAAUCAAUAACCUGUUGUUCCAUGGUUUGACAGCCAGGCGUUAAUCCUGUUUCAAGUGCAGGGAAUACUGCAGUACUGAGUAUAGUUCUACUGUGAUACAACAGAACUGUCUCCUGCUCGGUCUGGCUCUGAUUGUCAGGAAGCUGAUUUAUUCCUUCACACAAGUUCUUCAACAAAAUUUUACGCUGAGCUGCUUUUUGCUACGUUUAGCUUCACCUUUUAGGAAUUCAAAGAGACACCCUAACCAAAACUAAUUAGUUAGUUACAGCACUUUUUCAACAAGACAAGAUUAAUGAGUUUUUCACAUUUUGAUGCAGCUGACGCCUUUAAAAACGCAAAGGCCUAACAAGCACGUGUCUCAUUUAGCUACAGAUUGUCAAACCCUUAAAAAACGUUGGUCAGACAUUUGACAUCUAAUUUCUAAACAAAGAAAAAAAGAAGACUGUAAAAGCUAAAAAAAAAAA